AUGCAUGACCUAAUCCAUGACCUAGCUCAAUGGGCUGCUGGUGAAAUCUGUUGCACAAUGAAUAUCCAAAAACUUUCUUCCAGCACACGUUAUUGGUCUUUCUCUAAAGAAAUACUGGAAGAUCAAACCUGGACUUCAAAGAAACUUGUCCAAGUACGAUCAUUUGCUUCUUUUGGUGCAGUAGAUGUUUCAAUUCCUAAGCUGCUAGAUUUCAUUUUCCAGCAGUUUCAAUACUUACGCUUGUUGUCUAUGCGUAAGGCGGGAAUAAUUGAGUUACCAAAUAGUAUGGGUAAUCUGAAACACUUGAGGCUUCUUGACCUCUCAGAAAAUACAAAACUAACUAGAUUGCCAAAGUCCACUACGAAGCUUUGCAAUCUCCAGACACUUGUUGCGAAAGGUUGUUCGAAUCUUCGGCAUAUUGUCCCAAAUGUUGCCUCUUUAAUUGAACUUCGGCACCUUGAUUUUUCUGGUUGUUAUUUACUGAAGGAGAUGCCGCUGGGGAUUGGAAAAUUAACAAAGUUGCAGACAUUGAAGGGCCUAUUUGAUAUUAGAAGAGAGUCUGGGACAAGAAUAAGUGAAUUAAAGAACUUGAAAUGCCUUCGUGGCUCACUGGACAUCAAUGGCCUAGCGAAUGUGUUUAGUAGUGAAGAAGCACAAGCAGCAAGGUUGCAUGAAAAAACGGGCCUUGAUAAGUUGGAAAUGUACUGGGGAGCUGGUAACCAUGAUGUUGAUGGCAACAUUAAAAAAGAUGUACUUGGUCGAUUGCAGCCUCCGGAAUCCAUCAAAGAAUUAAUGUUGAAAGGGUAUAACGGCUUAGCAUUCCCUGCUUGGUUGGGAAAUCCCUCUUACACUAAUAUGGUUGUCAUAAAAUUAGAGGAUUGUAGGAGAUGUGAAUUCUUACCAGCACUAGGGCAACUACCCUCAUUGAAGGAGAUGACAAUAGCAGGGAUGAAAGCUAUUGAGACUAUAGGCCUUGAAUUUUACGGCAAUGAUGGUUGUUCAAACCCGUUUCCUGCACUAAAAAGUCUACUAUUCUUUGAUAUGAAGGGUUGGGAGGAGUGGUUGGCCCCAUCAGUUGACAGUAGCAAUGCAUUUCCCUGCCUUGAAUAUAUGAACAUAUAUAAAUGUCAAAUGUUGCGGGGUAACUUACCUUCAAACCUCCGAUCCCUAAAAGAGUUGUCCAUUGUAUCAUGCCAAGAGUUGAGAUUGUCACUUCCAAGCUGCCCUUUGCUCCAGACAUUGUAUAUUGAAAGAUGUGAGGCGCCAUUUAGUGUUGCUGAUUGCUUGCCUCCAAAUCUUGAGACCCUGGAAAUCCAGGACUCCAAAAUAGAGCAACCAAUUCAAGAGUGGAAACUUGACCUCCUUACUUCUCUUAAAUCUCUUGUACUUCGAAGCAUAGGCAGCGGUGCAGAUGCUAUAGAGUAUAUUCCCCAACCAGAUUUUCAUCUUCCCUCUUCCUUGUCUUCCUUAAUUAUCUGGGAAUUCAAGAAUUUGAAAUCCUUGUCAUGCUCUGACCUCCCCAACCUCACUCAAAUUGAUAUCCAAGAUUGUGAGAAGCUGGAAUCAUUGGGUGUCGGUUUCCCACCACCGAAGCUUCAGAAAGCGUAUUUUAUGAAUUGCCCUUUGAUUUAUCAACGACGCAAACCGGAUCCUAAUGGACUUAUUGUUUUUGAUGAAAUGGUUGAAGACAGAUAUUCGUACAUGUGA